AUGAUAGUAGAUGCAUGGGUUAUUCAGCGACGGACGGACGGAUCGGAAGAUUUCUACAGAAAUUGGGAUGAAUACAGAGACGGAUUUGGAGAUUUGAAUAACGAGUUCUGGUUAGGGAACACAAAUAUCCAUCGGAUAACCAUCCAGGGCCACUAUGAUCUGAGAAUUGACUUGGAAGACUUGGAAGGAAGCACCAGAUAUGCCCUGUAUAAGGACUUCUCCCUGGCUCCAGAACAAGACUAUUUUAGAUUAACAGUUUGUCAAUACAGCGGAAAUGCAGGCGACGGCAUAAGCUACCACAGUGGAUACGCGUUCUCCGCUAGAGACCUGGAUGUGGAUGCAUCUUCUGACACUCAUUGUGCACGGAAGUUCAAGGGAGCUUGGUGGUAUAAUUCCUGCCACUAUGCCAACCUGAACGGCCGCUAUCUUGGAGGAAUCCAUUCUUCCUACGGGGAUGGGAUAGAAUGGCACCACUGGCGGGGAGAAUAUUACUCUAUGAAGACAUCAGUUAUGAAGAUCAGACAGUUGUAA